AUGGCUGCUACCGGAACGUUCCGUAUGGUGUCCGAGGAGGAACGGGCCUUACGUACUAAGCUCGAGUAUCUGACUGUUAAGGACCACGGGCCGGUGUACGGACCCUGCGUCAAACUGCCAGAUCACACCGCACAGAAGGCUAAAGAUGAAUUAAGUGAAACAGCAGAGAAAAGAAUGUCAUCUAUAAAGGAACUGAGGGCCUUGAUCAAAGAAAAGGCGAGCGGGGACGAUCUCUACAAAGCUGUGGAGGAACGUUUUGAGGGAAAACCCGAUUCACUCCUGCUGAGAUUCAUACGUGCCCGCAAGUUUGAUGUGACAAGAGCACACGAGCUCAUGAGAGGUUAUGUGCGUUUCAGGCGAGAUUACCCUGAGUUGUUUGAGAAUUUAACCCCAGAAGCCGUACGCAGCACUAUUGAAGCUGGUUACCCCCGAAUCCUCUCCACAAGAGACAAAUAUGGCCGAGUGGUCCUGCUCUUCAAUAUCGACAACUGGGAUUUAGAAGAGGUCACAUUUGACGAAUGUCUGCGAGCGUACUGCGUGAUCCUUGAAAAGCUUUUGGAAAACGAAGAGACUCAAAUCAACGGUUUUGUCCUCGUUGAGAAUUUCAAGGGCUUCACUAUGCAGCACGCGUCAGGCAUCAAACACACUGAGCUUAAAAAGAUGGUGGACAUGUUACAGGACUCAUUUCCAGCUCGAUUUAAGGCAGUGCACGUGAUCCAUCAGCCCUGGUACUUCACAACCACAUAUAAUGUAGUGAAGCCUUUCAUGAAGGGCAAACUGCUGGAGAGGGUUUUUGUACAUGGAGACGAGCUUGACGGCUACCUCAAAGACUUUGGUGCUGAAAUUCUUCCCUCAGAUUUUGAUGGGACGGGUCCCAUAUGUGAUGGAAAGGAGACAGCCAUCAAACUUUUUGGAUCUGAAGACACGGCUCUUUAA